AAGAAAGCAAACUAAACACUGUGUUUGUGUGGGAAGUCAAAGCCUAGUCGUGUCAAAGUGACCCGCAUUCUCAGUGUCUAGAGAAAGCAGGUCAGGACUAAAUAUAUCCUUCAGGACAUGCAAUAACAAACUCAGUCUGUGUCUCGCAGCGCUGGGUGGUGCAUGACAUUUCUUCUGAUUAUCGGUUAUCAUAAACGGUCAGAACAGAGUUACACCAAAAUCCAUGCGAGUUUUAUAAUCCAUCUGAUGACUGAAGUUCUCUGAAGUUUGUUCGUGUGUCUGACCUCUGAAACACAAUGGACUUCAUGGAACAAAUGGACGAAGAUCCGCUCAUUGAGUUUGCGAUUCAAAUGAGCCUCCAAGAUGCUUGCAGUUUGUCUGUUUUGAACGAACCACUAAGCACUUUAGAAUCAGCCAGUGACGAAAACCUCCAGAUUUUAUCUGCUAUACAUCAAGGUGAUGUGUUGGCAUUAAGGAAACUGCACAAGUACAGUGAUGCCUAUAAGGAAAGAGACAGCCGAGGUUGGCUCCCGAUGCACAGAGCGUCUGUCCAGCCAGAUGCCCAUGUGUUGGACCUCGUCCUUCUGGCCUCCUAUGAGCUGAGCAUGGAGGAGCUGACGGCCGGUGGAGACACCGCUCUGACUCUGGCUUCUCAAGCGGGACGCGUGGAGAACGUGAAGCUUCUUCUCCAACACGGAGCAUCUCCACACAACAUGAACAGCAUGAAUGAGACUCCGCUUCUCCUGGCCGUGAGGUCAAACUCUUAUGAUAUGGUUCAUGCACUCAUAACGGGAGGCGCCCUCGUGGAGCAGGUGUGUUUGAAGAAGUGGACGGUAAUGCAUGAGGCAGCGAAGGUGGGCUGCGAGGACGUCCUGAUGCUGUUGCUGAGACACGGGGGGAAGGUGAUGGGACGGGACGGGCACGGGGUCACACCGCUGGGCAUCGCUGCAGAGUACGGCCAUCCCCAAAUACUGGCAAUCCUGAUCCAACAUGGGGGCGACGCCACCGCACAAGCUUCAAACGGAGACAGUGUGUUAUAUGACGCCGCAGGCUCUGGGAACCUGGACUGUAUUAAUCUGCUCUUACAACACGGUGCCAGUCCUAAUGUAGCCAGUCUUUGCUCUCAACUGCCAAUUCACCGUGCAGCCUAUGAAGGGCACUACCUGGCUUUGAGGACCUUCAUUCCCAUCACCACUAACAGAGCCAUUCGUCUGUCUGGCAUGAGUCCGGUUCAUUCUGCGGCGGACGGAGGUCACGCCGACUGUCUCGAGCUGCUCAUCGAACAAGACUUUGACGUCAACUCAAUCUUAGGCUGCCAUAUUUCAGAAAACUACGGUGACAUGAGGAAGACCCCACUGUACUUCGCCAUCUGUAAUGGAGACGUCACCUGCGCUGAGAUGCUUCUGAAAGCAGGAGCCAAACCGGACCUGGACCCUCUGCGAAGCCUCCUGGUGGCGGUCAGAGCUGGGAAACACGAGUUGGUGCGACUGCUUCUCGCUUAUGGAGCGAACGUCAACUGCGUCUUCUCUGUCGUCAGUGACACUGUAUUUCCCACGGCACUGCAAUACUGCCUCAAAGAUGAGAUGAUGCUGCGUCUGCUCCUCAACAAUGGUUACAAUGCAGAAAGCUGCUUUGAGUGUCAUCAUGACAACCCUGUAAUGACAUACACAUGGAGAGAGUAUUACAGCCAGACAUACCAAAUCAAGAGCGUCACAAACAAAGUGACCUUUUGCGAGUUCAUUAGCGUGUCGUGGAUGGCACACUUGGCUGGAAAGGUGGUGCAAACACUCCUGGAUUACGUGAAUCACGUGCACAUCUGCUCUAAACUGCAAUGCAUUCUGGAGAAACAGGAGGAGUGGCCCAACAUCUGUGACUCCUUCAGGAACCCACAGCCUCUGAAACACCAGGCCAGGUUGGUUAUCAGGAGACACAUGACACUGAGAAGACUGAAUGACCCAGAGUUCAUGAGGACCGUUACUUUCCCCCCGACACUGAAGAACUUCCUACUCUACAAAGAAUAUGAUGUCUAUGGGCGAAUGGAUGAACACUAGAUAUACAUCUAUAUGCAUUUUA